CAAACAGCUGAUAAAAACAACACAAUAACCUUCAAGUAGUCCACACCACUCCAGUCCAUCAUUUAACAUCUUGUGAAGCGAAAAUCUGCAUGUUUGUAAGAAACAAAUUCAUCAUUAAAACGUUCUUAACAUCAAUAGCUUCUGGUCAAAAUACCAGUCCAUAAUUCAGGAUUAAAAGCUUGAUAUAUAGUUUAGAUACCAGUAAACUGUAAAUAGACAAAUUCUGUCAUUAAAAAACUAUUUUAUGUGACGAAGGUUUCAGAUUCUCCUUGUGACUGUUUACAAAAGAGAGAGAAAGUUUCAGACAGCUUCUGCUGCUUUUGUCACUCCUAGCAACCUUUCAGUGCAGAUCCUCUUUUCUCAAAGAAGAAUUUCCUUUUCUCUGUUUGACCGAUUUAUAUAAUCACCAACCCACUGUUCAAACAGGCCCUAGAUGUUAAAUAUCUGACAUUAAGAUGACCUCGUUUUUUUUUCUCUGAACCCAGGCAGUAGAUCCUUUUCAGGCGUUGGAGGCCACAGCGAUGGGUGUGGAUUGUUGUUACAAUGACCCCAUUACGACCAUCCAUAAACGCUUUAAAUGAACAGUACUGCAUUGUUCCUGUGGUAUCUCUCUGACACAAGCUGUUGUUAACGUCAUCGGUGACCCACUCACACACAACAUGCCUAGAUUGUUUGGUCUUAAAUGUGUCAAUACAAUUAAUGAUGGGACAUGUAAAUAUCAAAUAAAACAGACAGAUUUCUAUAAGGGCUAAAAAUAUACAUUUUCCAUCUGCCAAACAAUGAUGUUGGCCAAUAUUUACUGGGGCUUAUUGAUGAUUUAUUAUUGUUUUGUUUUGUUUUUCUCAAAAAAGGACAGAUGCAUUUUUUGCUGACAUUAGAUGAGACUUUUUUUUAUUUUAUUUUUUAUUUUUUCUGUUCAUGGCUUUUAUAGGUUUUAUAUUGGAGAGUCUGGGAAAAUUAAGUCUGGUCAUAACACUUAUUCAUUUUUUUUGCAGCAAAAAAAUCUUUUAGAAAUAUACUUUUAUAUUUUUCUUCCACUGAAACCUUUGAAUCCAAACACUGUAUUUUUUUCAGAACUGCAUAUAAUGUUUUUUAUAUAUGCAUUUUUCUUAACCCAGCAAUUUGGCAUCCAGACAUUAUGUACAGUAUAGUUUAAAAAGUCACAUUUAAUCACAGUGUGAUACAUUAUCUAGCUUUAAGGACUUUUGAACUUCUUGUUUCAGUUAACAAAGGGUGAUACAUCAAGUGAAAUUGAUUCUAUAAACUUCCCUGUUUAAUGUAUUCAUUUCUUCAGGUUAUUCACCAUGUGAACUACCUGUUUCUGGAGGUUGAUUUUUACUUUUCGUUUUCUUACUCGUGUGGUCAGUUUUUCAGUUUUGAUAUUAUUUUGAAAUAGACACAUGGUAAUUGGUCAGAUAUAUAUAUUUUUAUAUAGUGCAGUAUUUCUUGACAGAAAUGUCAAAUUGAACUGACAUUUUGCCCAUUUUAAGUGUCUACAGACAGUGAAAUGGCCCUGCUCAUCUUCAUAAUCCUUCAGCUUUCACUGGAGGUUAAAUUGCAAGGUUUGGCCACCAUGUCAUCUUUGCCACCAAUUACAGAUGUCAGCCCAACUACAGUGACUCCCAUUGCAACCUUUCAAGAUAUGUCAAAUCUAAGUACCCAAGACAUAGUUGGCCAUAGUUUAACAGAUCCUGCAAACGCAUCCCUGGAAUUGACUACACUUACUGAUACUACAGAACGUGCUUCAGCGAUCCCCUUAAUGACUAAAGGCCCUGAAAUCAGAAAGUAUUUAAAUACAACUUUGUCUCACACAGAAAUGUUCUUCCUCAUUGCUGUGGUUGCAUCUGGUGGAGGAAUUGUACUGACUGCACUCGUGGGUAUCUGUUUGAACAGAUGUACAGGAAAGUCAAAGCCAGAGAGGAUUUGGAUCAAAUUCAGCGGCAAAAAACAGAAACAAGGACUUUCUUUACCAACGGCCUGUUCAGACUCAAUCACUCUUUAUUAUUUAGUUUGGAGAGGAAGAUACAGUGCUUUACUCAACCAUCAACUUCAAUCAAUCCCCCUCUCAACCACCAGGAAACAGUGACGAAUCAAUGCAAAAUGAGGUUGAAGUGAAUCAAUUGUAUUACACCGUCAUAACCGAACCGACCAUCUCCAGUGACAGCAGUAGUGUUUACAGUCAGCUGAAGGUCCAAUGAAAGAACACAACUCUGCCUGCUGCUGUUUAAUGCAGCCCUAUUGAUGCAUCUUACUUUUUAACGGCCUUUAAUCCUCCAUAACAAAUGCCUUUUAUUGUAAAUGUUAAACAUCUGCUUUCUAAUUUCAAAACUGUUUCAUAAACUUCUCUCUGAUUUCAGUUUACUUGUAUUUUCUGUAGAUUUACAUGAACAGAAUAACCACAUCAGAAGGCACACAGCAUGAAUAUGCAUACUUUUUAAUUACAUAACAAUUGUUAUAUCAUGUUAUUGUGAAUGGCAGUUGUAUAGACAAACACAAGGUCAUAUUUUGUCCUGUGGCUUGUGUGAAUAUUUUCACCUGAUGUUUAUUAUAUAAAGUACCUAAUUUUUAUGUUUCUGUUCUUGUUCCUUUUGUACUUUUCCCUUAUUCCUCAAAGUUACACGUAAAAUCUACAUCAUCUACAAGUAAUAGCUGCUGGAAAUCCCACUUUGCCAUCACAGGAAUAAAAUAUAUUUAUACAGAAAGCUGUUAUUUUGAAUUGGUAUAAUAUACUCACAGUGUUACUGUUGUUUUUUUUUUUUUUUUUU